AUGCACGCACACCACCAUCAUCAUCACCAAAAUGGGCACACAAACGGACAUGGCAAUUCUGGUGAUGACGUUUCCGAACAAGAGGCCCAGCAAGAUGAUGAAGAUGAUGACGCAGCUGUCACAGCAGCCAUCGCCGCUGCAGUGGCUGCAGUGGCUGAUUCCCAGGAGACUAUUAAGGGGCCAUUCGCAGUGACGAAGAUUGAGCCCUACCAUAAUCAUCCGUUGGAAUCCAACCUCUCGUUGCAACGGUUCGUCUUGACCAAAAUUCCAAAGAUUUUGCAGGUAGACUUAAAGUUCGACGCAAUAUUAGAAUCGCUAUGCAAUGAUGAGGAUAAUACUGUGGCCAAGUUCAGGGUGGCACAGUACGUGGAAGAGUCCGGGAUCAUAGAUAUCAUAAAGCAACGCUACGGACUUACCGAUGCAGAAAUGGAUAAAAAAAUGCUUAGUAACAUCGCUAGACGUGUUACUACAUACAAGGCCCGUUUUGUGUUGAAGCGCAAGAAGGAAGGUGUGUACAUGCUUCCAAACGGCCAUCAAAUAUCGGGAGCAGACCAACAUCAACACCAGCUGCAGCAUCAACAUCAGCACCAGCACCAACAUCAGCACCAGCACCAGCACCAGCACCAGUCACAAGAUCAACACCAAAACCAACACCAGCAACACGUAGGUAACGAUAACCACGUAUACCAAGACAGAAUACACUCACAGAGUGACCAAGACGAGGCUGGUGUACACAAUCUGGACGAUAACAACGUACGGGUAGCUGCUGCUGCCGCUGCCGCUGCUGCUGCUGCUCUACAGUCAAGAGAUAGCCACGUAAGCGAAGAACUCAAACGAACGCUGGAACAGGUCCAAGAUGAAGAUGGCAUCGAGGAUGAUAAUCACAGCUCUAAAAGACAGCUACAUAGAUCAGAUAGAGAUAGAGUUGCGGAAGCCCUCAAAAUGGCUACAAGAGAUAUCCUAUCAAACCAAAAUGUCGAUUCGGAUGUAAACGUCGACGUGGACUUAGUUACUGGACACAAACAGUUGUCUCCUCAUGAUGAUAUGGCUGAACAACUAAGAUUGCUCUCUUCGCAUUUGAAAGAAGUGGAAGCUGAGGAAAAUGUCUCUGACAGUAAUCUAAAAAAAGAUGACGUUCAGGAUGAAAAUAUACAACCGGAACUCAGAGGACAAUGA